AUGAAGGGCGUUCCGAUCUUACCCCUGGACAAGUCUUUGAAAAGGAAAGGAGAUCAAUUCCUGGAGGAUCAUGAUCGCCUCGACAAAAAGCAGAAAGAUUCGUUGCCUAUCUCACAAAGUCCUGGGCAUCGUCCUGUGACGUCUUGCACUCAUUGCAGACAGCACAAAAUUAAAUGUAAUGCAAGUGAGAGGUAUCCUCAACCUUGCCAAAGAUGUGAAAAGAUGAACUUGAAUUGUGAGAUAGAUCCACAGUUUAGACCCAAGAAGGGGUCUCAAAUUCAAAGUUUAAAAAAUGAUGUUGACGAAUUAAAGAGUAAGAUAGAGUUCCUCACUAGGAAUGAAAGCUUGAUCGCUAAGGCUUUGGCAAAGAAAGACCCAAGUGGAUCUUCUUCCGCCAAAUAUAUGUUACCUAAGACGGAACAUGACCCGGCUUUGACAGCCCUUGGCUCUGUCUCUUCUUCCUCUGCGAAUCCUGUGUUGUUGAAGGAUGAACUGUUAAGCAAUAAUCUAACCAACACGAAUUCACCAGAAAUGAAAAACACUAAAGUCCCCGAGGUUCCAGAGACGGAAAUGAAGGAGUUUGUACUUGGAAAUGUCAAACUUCCUCUGGACAAAGCCAACGAAUUGCAUCACAGAUUCGUUACCCAGUAUUUACCUUACUUGCCCAUUCUGCAAACAUCGAACUGCGUUGAACUAUAUGAGCAAUCACAAUUGUUGUUUUGGACAGUCAUACUCACCGCAUGUCUUUCUGAUUCCGAACCUUCUUUGUAUAUCAGUUUGGCCUCUCUGAUCAAACAGUUGGCUAUCGAAACUUCAUGGAUUCGAACUCCAAGAUCUACCCAUAUUAUUCAAGCUUUGUUAAUCCUGGGUACGUGGCCACUGCCAAAUCAAAAGGUCUUAGACGACUGUUCUUAUCGAUUUGUUGGUCUGUCGAAGAAUCUCUCCCUUCAGUUGGGUUUACACAGAGGAAAGUUUAUCAGCGAGUUUUCCCGUACUCAAGUGGCUCUGGCUAAUGCAGAGAAAUGGAGAACGAGAACAUGGCUGGCAGUCUUUUUUUGUGAACAAUUUUGGAGUUUCUGUUUGGGCCUUCCACCGUCCAUGCAGACAGAUUUUCUUUUAGAGCAGGCCCGGAUAGACAAUACUCUUCCCAAGAAUUUCCGAUGCCUCAUCAGUCUCUCAAUUUUCCAAGCUAAGCUGGUCAACGUCAUGGGAUUAUCUGUUACUUCUCCAGAUGGGCUUUUAGAGCCCAAAAAUAGAGCCGGAGCGUUGUCUAUUUUGGAAAGAGAGCUGGAAAGGCUGGCCUUCAAGCUCCAAAUUGAUGAUAUUUCAGUCGAGAUUUAUUACCUCUAUGUGCAAUUGAUGAUAUGUUGCUUUGCCUUCCUACCUGAGACUCCCACCGAGGAUCAGACAAAAUACGUCACACUGGCCUACCUAGCAGCUACCAGAAUAGUCACGAUAAUAUCCAAAAUGAACGAACGAAGACAAUUGAUUGAGUAUCCAAUUUACGUUCGGCAAUCUGUCUCGUUGGCUGUGUUGGUACUAUUCAGAUUGCAUCUAACACCUUAUUUAUUACCCAGGUACGUUGACAGUGCGAGGCAAAGUAUUGUCACAGUCCACAGACUCUUCAGAAACAUGCUUUCAGCGUGGAAAGAUGUAGAGAAUGAUAUUAGUCGAACUGCAACAGUUUUGGAGAAGCUAAACCUAGUGAUAAUCACACAUCCAGAAUUAUUUGUCAAAUCUGAAGGAAUAAUUUCCCGGAUGAGGUCACAUUUGACAGGAUCUUUAUUCUACGACCUCGUUUGGUGUAUUCAUGAAGCUCGCAGAAGAACUUUGAACGAAACUCAGACUAAAAGCAAAGAUAAAUCUAAGGAUAAGCUCGCUAGUAGACCUCCUCCAUUACCAUUUUACAAUCAAAUUACGAAAGAGGACUUUACCACGAUCACCUCAACGACGCCGAAUGGUACCACAAUUACAACAUUGGUUCCUACGGAUCAGGCCUUAUUAAAUGCCACAGCUACAGCUACAGCAGCGGGCUUAGCAAAACCUACAAUGAUUAAUGGAAUUCCCAUGGCGAUGCUUGAAGCCACAGGUUCAUUGGCCUCCAGCAACCAAAAGGAAAAGAGAAACAAACCUAGCAAGGAUGUUUCCAAAGCUGUUUCCAACUCUCAAGCCCAUGUGAACACACCUAGAAGAGUUUCUCAAAACAGUAAAGAGCCUGUUGUACCUAAAAUUGAAAAACUUCCAGUAACGGAGAGUCCGUUCAACUCGUCAUUGUUCAACUCGCAAUUAGACGUCAAUGAUGUCUACAGCACUGCGUCUACUACAAGUUCGAAUAACAAUCCUCAAUCGUUCUUGUCGGCCAACGAAGAGUUCAAUAUGAAUGAUCUGAAUAAUGAUCAAAGUUUUAUCGAUUCAAUCUUCCAACAACAGAACAACUGGUCCGAUAAAGGAGAUGAUUUCCUAGGAUGGCUGGAUACAAAUAUGGCUCCGGAGUUUUGA